AUUAUAAAUUUCGCAAAAACCUACAAAAUGAGCCAACUGCCAACGCAAGCGCCACAUCCACCAACGGGAACACAACAGCCAUUGCAGCCGCCACCACCAAUGGGCCAGAACAUUGCACCCACUGGCGCCUUUCCAGGUUCACUAACACCCGGCUGGAACGAUCCGCCACCAAUUUCUGCGGAAGCGGCCAGCAAUCUGAACUCCCGAAGACCCCGACUAGAUCUGCGGAAACGCGUGGCAUAUCCAAUGGAUCAGCCACCGCUGCAGCCACAGCCGCAGCCACCACUUUGACUUAGACAAGGAGGCGAUAUCAAAAUUUCUGAUUUCUAGAAUUUCUUCUUUUUUUUUUUUUUAAUAAGCACCAGCUAAAUAUACAAUAUACAAAGCUUCAACAAAAA